AUGACGCAGAUACCAUGGCUCGAUUGGCUCUUGCAUAAGAACUGGGUAGCAAAUCUUUUCAAACGCGAAGCCAUUGCCCUCUGCUGGACUACGUCUUGGCGAGUAUUUCAGAGCGUCAGGAAGAACAUCGGAAAAGUCCCAAAUCGCCCUCCAAUGCAAACGUCGACGGACCCAUUGCCAACUGUGACUUCCUCGGGUAUUACCACAAUGCCCAGGAGAGAAAGGAUAAUGGGCCGACUCCACGGCUUCCAUGCUUCGAUCUGUGGUCACCCUGACGCACUGGAAACGGUACGGGCCGAGCUGCGAGAUAAGCAACGCACUGCCACCGGGCUCACUCUACCUUUCCCGCAAUGGCAUGAGCUGCAGAACCUCCCCUUCCUCGACGCCUGCAUUAAAGAGUCACUCCGGCUUGACGCUCCAUUUGCUAUGCCUCUUGACCGAGUAGUUCCGGCGGAGGGAGCCACAAUCUGUGGUCACUUUUACCCUGGAGGCACCGUGGUUGGCAUGAGUCCAUAUAUUACUAACCGCUAUAAGCCGACAUGGGGUGUUGAUGCGGAUCAGUGGCGUCCCAGUCGCUUGUUGGAAGGCGAACCGUCGCAUACCAGAAAGCUUGAAGCCAGUCUGCUUAGUUUCGGGGCCGGGACGCGAGGCUGUCUGGGCCAGCAAGUCGCCCUUUUUGAAAUCCAUACUACUGGGUCGUGGCUUGGCCCGCGCCCCCCAGCCCGACCAGUACCAGAGUGCUCCGACAUCGUUGUCGUGGCCGACAUACCCCCAGUGCCACCCAUCCGCCCUCCGGACGCCGUUCGGAACGAACCUCAGGCGUCUGCAUCUACCUCUAGCCACCUCCGACAUCGCCUCCAGCGCAUUAACGAGCUGCCAGCCAUAACUCUCGGCCACUCUGUAACCUGCGGCUGCGAAGAUUGCCGCAAUCGCCGGUUUAGCCGGAUGACUCCGAUGGAGGAAGGCUGGCCUGAAUUGUAA